AAACAGAAUAUGAUGCCAGGUCCAACUCCAAACCAGGACAACAUACUAAUGACCAAAUCUGAAGUGGUCAAACUACUACAAAAAUAUAAAAAGGAAAGAGAUGAUGCCUUUCGAAAAGGAGAGACAUCCAGAGACAAGCUUCGACUUAUUGAAAUAGCAACAAAAUCUUAUACAACAGAGCUCAGGCAGAAAAUCAAAGAGCUUUCAGAUGAAAAUACAAAGCUCGUAAAAACUAUAAAGAAACUUAGAACAGACUUAGGUCUGGAAUCUGAUCCUAGGUUUAGAGGCAAAAUACCCAAGGACCUAAUCAAAGAACUCCAAGAAAAGGAAGAAGAAUGCAGGAGCCUCAUUGAAGAAAACAAUCAACUGAACCUUAGGAUUACUGAACUUACUGUUGAGUGUGAGCAAGUUCAAAAAUGGAAAAGAGUCUUAGAGUCCCGCUUGCAAGCAGUUCAAAGUGAAAUGCAAGAUCUAAUAAGGGAAAAGGGACUAGCUUUACAUCUGUGGGAGGAAACAAAAGCACAGCGAGAUGAGCUGGAGCAGGCAAACAAGAGUCUCUGGCAGUCAGUCAUGAAAAAGGAAGAAAAAAGAAAAGAUCUUGCCAGUAAGUCAGUGCAGACAGUGACAUCCAUCCCAAUUUACCGUAGAAUCUGUAGCAAUAAGUUAAGAGAACUAGAAAUCUCCCUACAACUUCAUAAGAAAGAAACAGAGAAAGUAAGGACACAAUUUGAAAACCUUACAACAGGGAAUAUUAAAGGUGCUUACAGCAGUUAUCCACAGAAGUCCUCUGGCAAAACAAAGAUCUAUUACAGUAGCUUCCCAAAAUAAGAAUAGAGCCAAACAAAAUCAGAUAACUAUGCUACUGUGAUACUCAACAAUCAAAAAUGCAAUGAAUAAUUAAAAAAACUUACAUUUGUCAAAAGAGUGAUUAUAAUUAUAAAAAAGCUAAACACACUUGUUUUCUUAAAAUGCUUCAUUAAUAGAAUUGUUACUGUGACUACUGUUUUAGUCUAAAUGAAAGCUUUGUCUUGAGAAUUUUGCAGGGUAAAUCUCAUUUUGUACUAAAGCCAUUUCAGUGCAGUAAACUAAAGUUACGGUAAGCAGGGCUGAAAAUGAACAGUUUCACUUUCUGUGAAGUUGAUAGACAUAUUUCACUGGCAAUGACAUAUGGACUUACAUGAGUUCAACAGUUUUCUCCUUAAAGGCAUUAAUUCCUAGUCCUGUUUACUUUGAAAGUAAUUAUUCAGAAGUGGAAAAAAUCCAACUCAUGGUAUAAUACCAUCAAGCAGUAAUAGUUUGUGCAGAUAGAAUACAUAUGACUCACAAGGAAAACAUUUUAACCAUAUUUAAAUAUGAUAGAUUUGUGCUAGAGUUAGGCAAGCAUUAAGUGCAAAAUCUACGUACACUAUUAGGGAGGUCAUGCAAAAACUAAUGCUGUUAGUAUGGGUUCUCUUUGCUUCUGUUUAUAAAAUUCAGAUAUUAAUUGAUGCCUAGAUAUCUGAAUCAGGAUUUACGUGAAACUUUCGUUAUUAAUAAGACUGAUGUUCUGAAGCAACUGCUCCUUUUUAAAUAAAUAAAAAAAUGAACUGAAAAUGCACAAGUUGUUAAAGUUUUGCAGCAUUCAUUUUUAGAACUUCUAACAUCUGCUCUGU